GCGCCGCAGCCUCCGCAACAGCAGCCGUCGCCGCGACAGACACCGCAGCCUCCGCAACAGCAGCACUCGCCGCGACCAGCGCAGCCUCCACGGCCUCAGCCAUCACAGCCUCCGCCGCGACAGACGACGCGGCCUCCGCAACCGCAGCAGUCACCGCGACCAGCGCAGUCUCCACGGCCUCAGCCAUCACAGCCUCCGCCGCGACAGACGCCGCAGCCUCCGAAACCACAGCAGUCACCGCGACCAGCGCAGUCUCCACGGCCUCAGCCAUCACAGCCUCCGCCGCGACAGACGCCGCAGCCUCCGAAACCACAGCAGUCACCGCGACCAGCGCAGUCUCCACGGCCUCAGCCAUUACUGCCUCCGCAGCAGCCGCCGUCGCAGCCACCGACCCGCCAGCGAGGGACCUCGCUUAUCCAGCGUCUGCGCCAGCAGCUCCUGCGCCGCCGCCAAUUACAAGCGACAUCCCCCAGGAUCCGGCCGGUGCAGGCCACCGGAUUGUUCCGGCGCCAACCACGACUGCAACACCAAAGGGGACAAUCGCCGCCGCCUCCGCCAGGGUCGCCGACACAGCCGACGCCUCCUCCGACGCCGCCGGCCGUUCCGCCAGGACCACAAGCGACCGCCGUGAAGAAGGUGACCCUCCAGCUCGCCGCCUGGAAGCUACACCCGCUGGACAUUCCGCCGCCUGCCAGGACUAGGCCACCGAGGUACUACCUCCACCCGUGGGACCUCAGAGUACGCCGGUACACCUCUCCACGAUACCUGCCGGCGCCUCCAUCAGCGGGGGAGAAGGAGCAGUUCUCGGGAUCCGAGUGGGAGACCACCAGCCAACCCGGAGACGAGAACGCGAAUUACUGGGGCCCAGAAAAGAGGACGGCUACAAAGCCCUCGCUCACUUACCGCGAGCGAGUAAGUGAGAAGCGGCGCCCCACCAAGUGGACGUAUACUCAGCCGCCGCUCACCUACAAGGAGCGAAGCCCCUCUAAGUGA